CUGCUUCCCUGGUCAGUGUCUGCCUUCCCUUGUGAAUUGGGUUUUUCCCUACAACUCAAACAUGAUAUACUCUUCUGGAAGAGAAUCAUACUUCAACUUGAACUCAACCUGGUAUGAUCCCUCAGGGUCCUGGCUGGACACCCGGCGCACACCCUUCCGCUAUGGCUACAACACCUGCUCCUCGGGGUGCGACAGCGAAGGUGUUGAAGGCAUGAGAGGGCACAACUACCGUCAUUAUGGCUAUCGGCAGCCAGUCUGCUCUGAGAGAUGCCAUGGCUAUUCUGCGGCUGAUUCAUGCCAGGGAGGCAGGGGCUCAAGCUGUGUCAGGAGGCCCACGUACAGCUAUGGGUCAUCAGGGGGAUGCCACAGCUAUGGGAGGUCAGUCUGCUCUGAGAGAUGCCGCGAGUCCUCGGGUUCGUGUUACAGAGGUGGUUCAAGCUGUGUUAGGAGACCUACAUACAGCUAUGGGUCAUCAGGGGGAUGCCACAGCUAUGGGAGGUCGGUCUGCUCCGAGACAUGCCACGGAUCAGGAUAUCAGGGGGGGAAGCCAUACUACAGCAAGCCAACACAGUCCAUCCCGCAGUGCUGCCCAGUGCAGACCCGUCCCUCUCCGGUGCAGCAAGGCUGCAUGCCCGUGGCAAAGUGCAUCCCAAGCCAGCAGCAAAAGCAGGUCUGCAAAGUGCCAGCCCAGAAGAUAAAGUAAAGGAAAUGAGGAGUGGGAAUGAAUGGAAGAAACUUCUCACUCUUGCAACCUUGCCCUGACGGGCAGCAUGUCCCAUGUUGCUCACAGAUCUCCACUUUUUCUAUCAUUUUGCUUGUAACGUGCUUUGAAGAUGUAACCCACUGUCUCUGUUAAGUGCUAUUCACCUCCUUAUUUCACAGCAGACAUGGAGGCAAUAAAAAAUUA